UAGCUAGCUAGCAGUACAGCAGGACGUCACACGCAACCCCUGCGAGAGCCGAGAGACUCGUGGUUGGCACUUGGCUGGCUCCCAUACGCCAGAAAACGCCUAUUUAGGCGAACGAGCACUCCCAGCCGCGCCCUUACCUUAACCCAUCCAUUAUUCGUGUCACAUCGUCCCCUUCCUCCUGAAUCCUAAUAACUUGUUAUCUCGCCCGCCGCCCGGCGCGAUGGGACAGACCCUGCUGCUUCUGCUUCUCACGCUGCCGUCGCUAAUGGCGGCGGUGGCUCUGGCGGGCGACCCUCCAUUCUCGUGCGGGCAGGCGUCGUCCUCGUACGCGUUCUGCGACGCGGCGCUUCCAGUGGCGCAGCGGGCGGCGGACCUGGUGUCGCGGCUGACGGCGGCGGAGAAGGUGGCGCAGCUGGGCGACGAGGCGGCGGGCGUGCCGCGGCUGGGCGUCCCGGGGUACAAGUGGUGGAACGAGGCGCUGCACGGGCUGGCCACCUCCGGAAAGGGACUCCACUUCGACGGCGCCGUCCGCAGCGCCACCAGCUUCCCGCAGGUCUGCCUCACCGCCGCCGCCUUCGACGACGACCUCUGGUUCCGUAUCGGCCAGGCGAUUGGCAGGGAGGCGAGGGCGCUGUACAACCUCGGGCAGGCGGAGGGUCUCACCAUGUGGUCCCCGAACGUGAACAUCUACCGUGACCCGCGGUGGGGCCGCGGGCAGGAGACCCCCGGAGAGGACCCCACGACGGCGAGCCGCUACGCGGUGGCCUUCGUCCGUGGGAUGCAGGGGAACUCGACGUCGCUGCUGCAGGCCUCGGCUUGCUGCAAGCACGCAACGGCGUAUGACUUGGAGGACUGGAACGGCGUGGCCCGGUACAAUUUUGACGCUAAGGUGACGGCGCAGGACCUGGAGGACACGUUCAACCCGCCCUUCAGGAGCUGCGUCGUGGACGGGAAGGCCAGCUGCGUCAUGUGCGCCUACACCGGCAUCAAUGGUGUCCCCGCCUGCGCCAACGCCGACCUCCUCACCAAGACCGUCCGGGGAGACUGGGGUCUGGACGGGUAUACCGCUUCGGACUGUGACGCCGUCGCCAUCAUGCGUGACGCACAGCGGUAUGCGCAGUCGCCAGAGGACGCGGUUGCACUUGCCCUCAAGGCUGGACUGGACAUUGACUGCGGGACCUAUAUGCAGCAGCACGCUGCGGCCGCGAUCCAGCAGGGGAAGAUCACGGAAGAGGACAUCGACAAGGCCCUCAAGAACCUCUUCGCCAUCCGGAUGCGGCUGGGCCACUUCGACGGCGACCCGAGGACCAACAUGUACGGCGGCCUCGGAGCCGCCGACAUCUGCACCGCGGAACACAGGAGCCUCGCCCUCGACGCCGCGCAGGACGGCAUCGUCCUUCUCAAGAACGACGCCGGCAUCCUCCCGCUGGACCGGGCGGCGGUUGCCUCCACGGCAGUCAUCGGCCCCAACGCCAACAACCCCGGCGCGCUCAUCGCCAACUACUUCGGCCCACCCUGCGAGUCCACGACGCCGCUCAAGGGGAUCCAGGGGUACGUCAAGGACGCCAGGUUCCUUGCCGGGUGCAGCUCCACGGCGUGCGACGUAGCCACCACAGACCAAGCGGCCGCGCUGGCGAGCACGUCGGACUACGUGUUCCUGUUCAUGGGACUGGGCCAGCGGCAAGAAAGCGAAGGGCGCGAUAGGACGAGCCUGCUGCUCCCCGGGAAGCAGCAGAGCCUCAUCACUGCGGUGGCGGACGCGGCCCAGAGGCCGGUCAUCUUGGUGCUUCUCAGCGGCGGCCCGGUGGACGUGACAUUCGCGCAAACAAACCCGAAGAUCGGCGCCAUCCUGUGGGCAGGAUACCCGGGCCAGGCCGGCGGGCUCGCAAUCGCCAGGGUGCUCUUUGGGGAUCACAACCCUUCGGGGAGGUUGCCGGUGACAUGGUACCCCGAAGAGUUCACCAACGUGCCCAUGACGGACAUGCGGAUGCGCGCAGACCCAGCCAACGGCUAUCCCGGCCGGAGCUAUCGCUUCUACCAGGGCAAGACCGUCUACAAGUUCGGCUACGGCCUCAGCUACUCCAGUUACUCUCGCCGGCUACUCUCAUCUGGGACGAGCACGCCGGCACCCAACGCGGACUUACUCGCCAGUCUUACUACCACAAUGCCAUCUGCGGAAAACAUCCUCGGGAGCUACCACGUGGAACAGAUAGGCGCUCAAGGCUGCGAGAUGCUCAAGUUCCCGGCCGUGGUCGAGGUGCAGAACCACGGCCCCAUGGACGGCAAGCAAUCGGUGCUCAUGUACCUCAGGUGGCCCAAUGCCACGGCCGGCCGGCCCGAAAGGCAGCUGAUCGGCUUCAAGAAGGAGCAUCUCAAGGCUGGGGAGAAAGCUCACAUCAAGUUUGAGAUCCGCCCGUGUGAGCACUUGAGCAGGGUAAGGGAAGAUGGCAACAAGGUGAUAGACAGAGGGUCUCAUUUCCUCAGGGUUGACAAGCAUGAGUUGGAGAUCACAUUCGGGGCUUGAGUUCUAGACUGCAGGGAAGUAGAGGCGGAUACAGUGAUUCUCUUAUUUAUAAUUUUAUUGCAUUGUUCGUGGAAAGUGGAAACUGAGGUUUCUCUAGGCUGUAAGAGAUGUGUUUACUGCCGCUUCCAAUAAAAGCUCAACCUAGUCUAACA